UUAGAGACCUCAAGCAAAACAUUUCAUUCCUAUUUCGAUACUAUCAACUACAGAACACACACAAUGUCUGGAGUCGUCCACAAAGUCAAGGAGGCCGUCAGUGGCAACCACCACUCGACCUCUGACACCCAUAACACCAGCACCUCCACCAACCACGGCCCUCACAACUCCAAUAUUGCUAACAAGCUUGACCCCCGUGUUGAUAGCGACAAGGAUAACCGCGCCCGCCACGAGGCCUUAGGCGGUGCUCAUGGCCCUCACUCAUCCAACUUGGGCAACAAGGUCGAUCCCCGUGUCGAUAGCGACCGUGACAACCGCGCUGCUCACCACACAACCACCACUACGGGCCCUACUGGUGCGACAACUACCCACUCCAGCACCCACGGCCCUCAGCAUGCCCCUGUUGGUGCUGCUGGUGGCGUAGAUGCUCCAUUCUCAACUACUGGAACUACCGGUUCCCACUCCACCAAUGCCGGCCCUCACAACUCUAACGUCGCUAACAAGCUUGACCCCCGUGUUGAUAGCGACAGGGACAACCGCACCCGCCACGAGGCCUUAGGAGGUGCUCAUGGCCCUCACUCGUCCAACUUGGGCAACAAGGUCGACCCCCGUGUUGACAGUGACCGAGACAACCGCGCCGCCGGCCUUGGAGCCACUGGUGCCGUCGGUACUCCUGGUGCCUAUGCCUCAGGUGCAAACCAUGGCUACGGCACAGGCGCCGGCGUCGGCACUACUACCUCGACUCAUGGCCCUCACGACUCCAACCUCGCGAACAAGGCCGACCCUCGUUUCGACUCUGAUAUGGACAACCGUGCUCGCCAUGAGGGUCUUGCUAGCAGCAGCUACAACACUACGGGUGGUAGUGCCACUGCCGGCCCUCACAAGUCCAACGUGGCGAACAAGCUUGACCCUCGCGUCGACUCUGACUUGGAUAACCGUCGCAAUGUCGGCACCCAGCGCUUCUAAGACAGUUGAAUUGCCUUUUGAAACGAAGAGAUGUUUACGACCCUAGCGAACUAGUACCCCCUUUUUCCUUAUGCCAUGGUUAUCCCCUGGCUGUGUAUUGAUA